AAGCAAGAUGAAGUAGGUGUGUACGGAAGUGAAAAAUCAGGUGAUGAAAGAAUUCUGAUAUAAAAAGCACCUCACCAACAACUGGAACCUAAAUAUUGGUGACAUUAAAAAUUAUCAAGUACAUUAUUUUGAUUUGUUAGAAGAAAGACAUUUUUGGUAAAUACAGCUGAUUGCCACUCAAUUAUGGCGUCAUAUGGAAGAGGGGAAUUUGAUGGUGGUUUUUCAUCAUAUCAAACAGGAAGUAGAUCAUCAGCAGGUGGUAGUAGUGAAUUCAACAGAUUAGUAAAUAGUAUUAGCGGAAAUAUACAGAAAAUCUCCCAACAUGUGGCACAAAUGCAGAGGGCUGUCAACCAAAUUGGAUCCAGUCAAGAUAGUGACCGCCUUCGAGAGCAAAUGCACCAGGCACAGACUUACACCAAUCAGCUGGCUAAAGAUACAAAUCAUGAACUUAAAGAGCUGGCCCACCUUCCUAUGCCAGCAUCAGAACAGAGCAAAUGGAGAAUGCAGAGAGACAGACUUACAGAUGAAUUCAGUAAUGCAUUGAAGAACUUCCAAACUGUUCAAAGAUCAGCUGCAGAAAAGGAGAAAGCUAGUGUAGCCAGAGCAAGGGCCCAUUCCAGUUCCACUACACCUGGCUUUAAUGAUUUCAGUGACAUUAGACCAGAAGAACAACAGGCGGCCCCAGGAUUUUCCCAGACGCGGCAAAUUUUACAAAUGGAAGAAGAUGUUGAUCUAGAAAUGCUACAGGAGCGUGAAGAUUCCAUUAAAAAACUAGAGAGAGAUAUUGUAGAUGUAAACCAGAUCUUCAAAGAUCUAGGUAUGCUGGUACAUGAACAAGGAGAAAUGCUUGACAGUAUAGAGGCCAAUGUGGAGAGUGCCCAGAUCAGGGUUGAGGAGGGUACACAACAGUUGUCAAAAGCAAGAGAUUAUCAGCAUAAAUCCCGUCGAAAAAAGUGUAUAAUAUUGAUCAUUGUACUAGUGGUUGUGAUAUUCCUGAGCUUGAUAAUCUGGGCAGCAACCAAGUCCAACUGAUGUUAUCUGUGUGCCAUGUAGACUCAUCAAAAGUGCUUGACAGGUGGACUGAAUAAGGUCAGGAAGGAAAUCAGCUUGUACAAAAUAUCAUAUUCAUUUCUUUAAUGAAGACAGUUUCUUAUGAUUUAGCACUGAAGAAAUUUAGAUAGGGACUUCGAGUUUCUGAAAUGAAAAGACAGAAUUUCCGUGAUCUCAUUUGACAUUUGUAAGAAUUUAUAAAUGAAUCAAAAUUUGUACUUUAUAUACACAUCAUAAUGUGUUGCAACAAUUCAAGGUUUCCUGUUUUUUCUUCCAAGCUGUGACUGAGUUUGUGUUGUAUUUGUUUACUUAUACAGCGUUUCACUUGUCUUAUACCAAGGGCUAGUUGUUUUCAUAAAAUUUCCAAAUAUUAGAUUUUAAGUCACAGGUUUUGCUUAUUCCGUUUGUCAAGAAUUUUUUUAGUGUUCUGGUGUGCUAAGUAUUAAAUUUUACGCUUGGACUUGCACAAAAAAAUUUUCUUUUCAAUUUGCCAGAUCAGUCUUAUAUAGAAGAGAUUGUGACAUGUUGCUAAGUAUAAAGUAAAAAUUUUGAUACUAUGAGUCUUUUAAAGGAUUCAUUUACUGUCUUUGUUAGAUCAGUUUUUUGGAAUGGUUUGUUAGAUCAGUUGUUUGUAAUUAAGCUGGGUUGUAUUAAUUAUUGAAUCUAUACGCAUCAGAACUUCUAGCAAUGAGGACAUAUAAAAGGCUUUCAGUAUUAAAAUCAUUGAACACCUGUUCUUAGAAAUCCCUUUUAUCGUAAUUUUUAUUUUGGAAUAUCCCUGGAAAAUUUUGUAUUGUAAUAGCAUUUUAAAGCUUCAUACAUCGAAUACAUAACAUACAAGCAAGUUGUAUCAGAGUCCUCUUUCUAAAUAAAUAAAACAGUUGGUUGAAAUAAAAUGUAAAAUAUACUACAAACAAUAUCUGUCAUAAUUAAAAGAUUUUGCCAAAGAAUAUUUUUACAACACUAGUGACAAUUAAUGGUUGCAAAUACUGGACAAUUUUCAAAAAUCUCCUCAGGGCAAUAAUACAGUAGAUGUUGAUCUGUUUUGACAAAAUACCUCUCCCAAAGGCUGUAGCAGAGUUUUAAAGUUAUUUGAGAAGUAUCAGAAUCAUGUCUACCUGUAAUGACACAACAUGAUGUGAUAAUGACAAGAUCGAACCGUUUUGUGAAAAAGACUUCUGAGUUAACAAAAGUGUUUAUGUAAUGUGUAAUGAGUGGCCAAAUUUAUCAUUGAGAUUCAUCGAUAUCCAGUGAUCUCGUCCAAAUAAAGGAAUGGUCAUUGGCACCAAGUCUUUAUCCCAAUCUGCUGUAAUUCUAGAUUCUCUAAUGUUUCUGUGAUAAUGCAGUAUGGUAACUUUCCUCUAAUCAUAACAAACAUAUUGCCAAAUAUCUGAUGACGAUACUUUUGGUGGCUUUUAUUGUGGGGCAUUGUUAAGCAUGGAUUCAUGUGACAGGAAGACUGUAGACUGUUCAAUGUUAUUUCUUAAAUCUGUUAGAUUUCCAUCUUGUAAAUAUAAUUACCAUCAUGAAUUAAUUAAUUGUUGGUAAUCUGUUGUGGGAUAACAAAUAGGAUCAAUGUUUGUGUCACAUAAAUUGAUUGCUAAAUUCGGAAUAGUAUAGAUGUAACUGGUACCAAGAACUUGUUGUGUGAAUACAAGCUAUCAAUGUAGUAUUUACCUGUCCAGUGAUAAAGUAACAUCCAUGCUAGAACUAGCAUAGCACACUAUGUUUACUCUGAAAGUGCUGAUGAUGUGCUUUUAAUGUGAUUUGAGCAGUGAAGCUAUGUUGUAUAGCUAUCAUUAUUAUCUAAAGGAACCAAGUUUAGUGCAAAUAGAAGUUACCUUACUGCACACAAAUCUCUUUAAAAUACAUAAUAAAAUAAAGGAAGAAGUAAGUCGUGCUCCAUUACCUGGAACGUGUGUAUAUUUAGAUUCAAAUUGGGAAAAUUAUAUUUUGUAUUCGUUCCAUUAAUGUUUAAUAAUGCUUUAGUAUUUGUCAUUCCAUCAAUUUACUUGUGAGGUGAUUAGGAUAAUUUCAAACAUUAUUAUCUUUGAAUUCUUGAUAGGAUUUUAAUUUUUUAGUGCAUGAAAUACAUUAAGUCAGGUAUCCAUAUAGAGCACAAAUUAAGAUGUACACAUUAGAUAAGUCUAUUUAGAAAAUAACUUUGCUUGCAAUUAUAAGAGAGGACUAGACUUAGACUAGAACUAGAAAUUAAUUUUGAUUUAAAGAUAGCUAGUAAACAUCUCCUAGACAGCACUGUGACACUGAUGGGACACUAUUUAUGCAUUCUGUGCAAAGAAAUGGAAUUAAACUCAUAUUGAAGUUAUCCAAAAUCCAUGGAAAAGAUAGUUUUAGGAGCAAAAGUUGUUUGAAAAAUAUUUGUUUGAUGGUAAGAGGAAAUGCAAGUUUGUUAGUGUGUUGAAUGAUAUGUACGUUGUCAUGAAUUCUUUACUGUGCAAUAUUCAUACAAGGUCAUGUUAUCCUUUGUUGAUUCCCAACAUUUCAAGUAGCACUGAAUCUCUGUUUGAUCAGCUGGAAUGUAUGGUGGUAGGAUUUCGAUUGAAUCUUUGAAUCUACAAAAGAAGUUUUGAAAUUUAAAAACAUUGAAAGUUUUUUUUCGUGGAAUUUUUCCAGAUAGGGGAGAUAACUCUAGGUUUUAAGGAAUUACACUUCACUGCUUGCACAUGAAUAUCUCUAUUGAUGUAUAGUACAAUGUAGAAAAAAUAUGAGUACAUUGGAUUUUUAUAUAUUGACUUAUUUAUAAGAUUCUAUAUUUAUUUGCCAUUGAAAAAUAAAUAAAUAAUAUAAAAAAAUGUAUAUAGAUGGGUAUCUGUCAAUCAAUCAGGUUCUUUUUUUUCUUUUCCUUUUUACACUGAAUCAAGGUAUCUGAGGCCUUUGUCCUUUAAAAUUCUCUUUCUGACACAAGUUUACUCCGAAACAAUAACCGAGAACCAGGAAGAAAAUCUCCUAAAAUCAAAAAUCUGAUAAAGAUUCUGACAAAUGGUACAUUGAUUGUGGCCAAAAUUAAACAGUAAAUAUUCUAGAGCUAAGUAUGAAAUUGCUGAAAAGUUUGUUAAAUAAAGGAUGAAAUUUUAAAUGCAAUUUUUGAAGUGUUGUAGUUAUGCUUAAAGCUGAUUCAAAUAUUUGAUCUAAAGCUAGAAUAAUCAGUACAAAUUUCCCACCUUAUGCUUUCAUAUGCACUAAAUACCUCUGCAUACUGGGCAAAAUGUUUGUUUCUUCAGGUGUCUGAUUUACAAAGGUUUUUCAUGGUAAGUUUAACUUGCAGUAUACGUUAUCAAUUACAAUGUGUAUUGAUGAAAUGUUACUGUUUUGUGCUCAUGUGACUUGUGUAAUAUGUAUUGAGCUCCGGCUAUAUUGUCAGUAGCUAGUGCUGAAGGGAACAUUUAUAUAUAGAUCAACAGGUAUGUAAGGAUGGAUGAGCUUCAGCAGUGAGAAUUUGGUGGGAGUGGCUAGUAGUUUUGACAAACUGUUUUGAAUUAAAUAUUAUAUGUUAGCCAAUGUUGAUAUUGUAUAUAGAUUUGAUGUACAUAUAGAUGUGCAUUUGCUAUAAAGUCACUGUGGAAAUGCAUUGUAAUUCAGACAAUAAAUCAUGUAUAUUCCAUUGCAUGUAAAACACGUUUCCAUUGUUUUGUAUUGUGUCCUGUGUAUAUAUCUAUGAUUCUCCUAUUGUCUAUAUAUUGGAUGUGUUUGUAACACAGUUCCUGUAGUCUAUACUGGCCUAUGGAGUGAUUAAGGUAGGGGUUCUGUACAUCUGUACAAUAGAACCUGUCUAUACCAAAUUCACCUGUCUUAUAUGACAGCACCAUCAUGUCAAAAUAUAUAUUCACAUUAGUGAUUAUGUUGGUAAGCACUCAUUCCAGUUAAAAUUAAUAGUCUUGUUUAAUAUAAUCAUAUAUAAUGACUGUUAACCUGCUUAAUUUAACCCAUACAGAGGAACCUGGCUAAAGUCUCUUUAGAGAAACAUUACUGAACCAAUGGUAUCGGACAGUACUGUGAAAGCAAACAUUAUACUUAACAUACAACAUUGAUGUGUAAAUUCUGAACAGAUUUACUAAACAAUAAAAUGUGAUAUUGAUGAAA